AUGGCCGACGACCCCGCUAACUGGUUGCACCGACUGGGUCGCCUCGUACCUACCAGCACAACCGAGUUUGCCGCUGGAUAUACCGAUGGAGUCGACCUCUACGCACAUGUAUACUACAUUGGGCGUGGUCCUGGCGCAAAUGUCAAAGUUCAUCUCUCCAAAAGAGCAACUGGUCUAAUCCAUGCCAUCAUUCGGUGGAGCGAAGAUAUGCAAGCCUUCACCAUCGAGGACCACGGUUCGAUGAACGGGACAUACGUCAAAGGGAGGAAAAUUGAAGCUCCCGUUGCUCUCGAGAACAGAACCGCUAUAUCACUGGGACCACCCAACGCCAAUAACUGCGGUUUCACCUUCUACGGUCUUGAGGCACUCGAUGACAUCGUUCGCAAAUAUAUCACGGAGUACACUAUCGGCGCGGGCUCGUUCGGUAGGGUUUAUCAAGUCAGGCUGCGCGCCGACCCGAGCAGGGUCUAUGCAGUCAAGGUGACGCGCUACUGCACGGACGAAGAAGAGUGGAGUGGGUUGUAUUCUCAACAGCAAGCUCUGGAUGAGGCGCAUGCCCUACGCAUUGCUGGCGAUCACCCGAACGUUUGCUCUUUCGUUGAAUACUUCGUGCUUCCAGCGCGAGCGACCGUCUGUAUUGUCACACCUCGUUAUUCCACGGACCUCUUCACGCGUUACCAGAACUGCCGCCCAACUCUUGCGGAGGGUCAGUCCAUCAUGUGGCAGGUGCUGACAGGCCUGGCGCAUAUCCACGGUCUUAACAUCGUCCAUCAGGACCUCAAGCCCUCGAACAUUUUCGUGGAAGGGAACCAGGUUCUCAUUGGGGACUUUGGGCUCGUAGCCGCUCCCGAGAACUGCAACGGUGCGGGUACAGUCUGGUAUACUGCUCCUGAAGGUAUACGGAAGAUGAAACUCCGAAACCCCACCGGGCUCGACGACUUCAGCGCCGGUGUCAACGGCUUCCAUCUGUUCAUGGGUAAUCUGUUCAAGAGUCCGUGGGACAUCGCGGGCCCGGCCGAAAACACGGUAGAGUCCCUUCUGGAGUGGGUUAAUGUGCGCUGUAUCCGACUUGUCCCCUUAUACGAGGCCAACCUUCCCAACGACGGUGAGACACCUAUACACUCUCAUCAUUUCGAUGACUCAACGCCCAAUGAAGCGCUCGACGUCCUCAUCGGUCUUUCGAAUCCCGACCCGGACAAGCGCUGGAAUGUCAAACGCGCCUUGGAGUCACCCUGGAUCGCGGCCGGGCGGGAUGUCUUCAUGGACGCCAUCGAGAACGAUACUCAGCCGACUGCUCCAUACGCUCAUAUUGAAGAAGGCAAGUCUAUCUCAUGUUGCAUCAGACGGGGCAUCGGCUGA